ACCUGCCGGGAUAUGUGCUCUGACAUUAAAAAUGGUAAAUUCUUCCUCUGCAACUGUAACAUGGAAUCCAACCAAGACUAACUUCACUUCUUAUAAAGCAUCUUUAUCAAACAACACCUUUAUAAAAAAGUUCAGAAUUCCAGGAACAGUGACUGACUUCAGUGUUACAGACCUGACUGCUGGGGGCAUUUAUAAUUUCACACUGAGAAGACUAAAAGGAAAUAUUGAAGGAGCUUCCUCUGUCCUUGAAUUUGUAACAGAACCUGCAAAGCCAGAAGGUCUUAAAUUCUUCAAUGUUUCAUCACAUUAUUUUUCACUAUAUUGGAGACUGCCACAUGGGCUUGUAGACAGAUUUCAUGUGGAUCUUGUUCCCGAUCAUGCUUCAGUUGUUAUCCUAGAUCUUGGAGUUAGGGAGUUUCAAGCUGAUUUUUCCAAUACUAUUCCUGGAACAACAUACAGUGUCACAGUUUCUGCAGUUUCUUCCUCAGUCUAUAGUUCACCUGCAAGUAGAACAGUGACAACAAAUGUGACAAAUCCUGGGCCACCCAUGUUCCUUGCAGGUGAAAGAGUGGGUUCUGCUGGGAUUCUGCUGUCAUGGAACACACCACUCUAUCCAAAUGGGAGAAUUCUCUCAUAUGUUGUCAAAUAUAAAGAAGUCUGCCCAUGGAUGCAAGCAGGUUAUACACAGGUCACAACCAAGCCAGAUAGUUUGGAAGUUCUUCUCACCAGUCUUAACCCUGGAACAACUUAUGAAAUUAUGGUUGCUGCUGAGAACAGUGCUGGUGUUGGAGUGUUUAGUGAUCCUUUCCUUUUUCAGACUGCAGAAAGUGCUCCAGGUAAAGUAGUGAAUCUCACAGUUGAAGCCUUAAAUUCUUCAGCUGUAAAUCUGAUCUGGUUUCUCCCUCGGCAACCAAAUGGAAAGAUAACUAGUUUCAAGAUUAGUGUGAAACAUGCAAGAAGUGGAAUUGUAGUGAAAGAUGUCUUGGUUAAAGUAGAGGACCUUCUGUCUGGGUGGAUGAAGAAAACCCUUUCUGAUAAGAGUGAAUCUUUUUUGUGGAGUACUACCACUCCUUCAACUACUUUUGGGAAACCCACAGUUCUUUCACAGACUACAGUGACACCAGUUACAGAGGCACCAAGUCAAAUGAGCUCUGUUUGGAGUGAACCCAUCAGCUUUGUUGUAUCUAACCUCAGGCCAUACACCACCUAUCUUUUUGAAGUCUCUGCAGUUACCACUGAAGCGGGCUACAUUGACAGCGCCAUUGUCCGGACACCAGAAUCAGUUCCAGAAGAUCCACCACAGAAUUUUGCCAAGAGCAACAUUACAGCGAAGUCUUUCUCAGUAAUGUGGGAUCCACCAACCAUAGUAACAGGGAAAUUUAGUUACAGAGUUGAGCUGUAUGGACCAUCUGGUCAUGUUCUGGAUAACAGUACAAAAGACCAUAGGUUUGUGUUUAGUAACCUUGUGCCGUUUACAACAUACGACGUGUACGUCAGUGCUGAGACAAGUGCUGGGCUGGGGCCAAGGACCAACCUUACAGUUUUCACUCCUGCAGACGUCCCAGGUGCUGUAUCAGAUUUACAACUAGCAGAAGUGGAAGCCACAUAUAUAAAAAUUAUUUGGAGGAAGCCACAGCAACCAAAUGGAAUCAUUACCCAGUACAGAGUUAAAGUACACAUGCAGGAAACACUCGUCACUCUGGAAAACACUAUUCUUGGAGACAAAAAUAAGUAUCUGAUUGAUUCUUUGGAACCAUACGCAAUAAAUGAAAAUACCAAACCUUCUCCUCCCCCUUGGAAUUCAGUGGAAGCAGACAAUGAUUUAUAUGAAGGUUCAGCUGAAAUGUUUCCCAGUAUUCAGACAGCUUCCCCAGUAAUAUUUACAAGUGUAUCUGGUGAUAAUUUGCCUGAUAUAAAUGGAGCUGCAGAGCUGCAUUCUGCUUUGGAUAAUGAAUAUAACAUUGAUAUUUUGGCUGAAGAGCUGUCCUAUAUUAUAAAGGGCCUCACACCUUUCACAGAUUACACAAUUAGUGUGUCUGCUUUCACGGCUGUUGGAGAAGGACCACCAGCAGUUCUUACAGCCAGGACACAGGAGCAAGUCCCAAGCUCAGUACAAAAUAUAUAUUACAAAAAUAUUAGUUCCUCCUCUGUCUUGCUGUAUUGGGAUCCUCCAGCAAAUCCCAAUGGGAAAAUCAUUCAUUACACGGUUUAUGCAAUGGAACUGGAUACAAAAAGAGCAUUUCAUGAAACUACUUCAAACAACAGCUUACUUAUGACAGGUUUAAAAAAGUACACGAAUUAUAAAAUGAGAGUCACAGCCUCUACUGCAGUUGGAGAAAGUGCUGUGUCUGAAGAGAAUGAUGUUUUUGUGCGAACCCCUGAGGAUGAACCAGACUCCCCACCUCAAAACUUAGAAUUAAUAAAUGUAACUGCAACAGAAAUAAAUCUGAGAUGGUUACCACCUGAGCAGCCUAAUGGUCUCAUAACUCACUAUGAAGUUCUGUACAGCGAUUCCAGUGAUUUUUUCAUGAAAAAUGCCUCAUCUACAAGUAUAUCACUAAGUGAAAUGAAGCCAUACACUCUCUACAACAUCUCAGUAAGGGCAUUCACCAGACUUGGCUAUGGGAAUCAGUCAUCUUUUCCACUUCUGGUCAGAACUUCUGAAACUGUUCCUGAUUCUGCACCAGAAAACAUAACCUAUAGAAACAUCUCAUCCAUGGAAAUUGAGUUAUCAUUUUUUCCACCAUCCAUUCCCAAUGGAAUCAUACAGACCUACACAAUAUAUCUCACGAGGACUAAUGGGACUGAAGAAAGAGUUAUAAACACUACUCUUCUGACACUACGUAUUGCAGAUUUAAAUAAAUAUACAGAAUAUACUGUAGAAGUGUCUGCUAGUACCGCAGUGGGGGAGGGCAUCCGUAGUUCACCUCUGCAUAUACUAACUGAUGAAGAUGCUCCAAGUUCUCCUCCACAAGCCCUCACUGUAAAACAGUUGUUGGGUGUCACUGUGAAGUUGUCAUGGAAACCUCCGCUGGAGCCAAAUGGAAUUAUCCUCUAUUACACAGUUUAUGUCUGGAAUAAAAUGUCAAACAGGAGUGUAAAUGUAGCAGAAACAUCACUGGAAUUCACAGACCUAGAGUAUAACUGUGAGUAUAGUGCUUACCUAACAGCAAGUACAAGAUUUGGAGAUGGCAACAUAAAAAGUGAUACUAUAAUAUUCAGAACUUCUGAAGGAGCACCAAGUGAUCCUCCAAAAGAUGUUACAUACAGAAACCUUACUUCCACAUCAAUAAUGCUAUCCUGGUCUCCUCCUCAAAAGCCUAAUGGAAAUAUACUGUACUACUCAGUUUAUUUCAAAAACAAUUCAGGAAUAUUCAUACAGAAUUUCACAAGUUAUGGUAUUGACAGCAACGUCAGUGCGUCUCCAAUUGUAGUGCUGGAUGACUUGGCAAAAUACAGCCAUUAUACUUUGUGGUUAACUGCAAGCACAGCAUUUGGAGAUGGAAACAAAACCAGUGAAAAAAUAGAUGUUUAUACAGAUCAGGAUAUCCCAGAAGGUUUUGUUGAAAAUCUGGUCUAUCAAAACAUUUCCUCAUCUUCUGUAAAUGUAAGCUGGCUUCCACCAUCCCAGCCAAAUGGCUUAGUCUUCUUUCAUGUUUCUCUAAGUUUAAUGCAACUGGGAACCAGUAAGAUAUUAUCUUUCCUUACUUACAACACAAGCAUAAUUUUUGAUGAUCUGGAGAAAUAUACUGAUUACCUUCUGAAAAUCACACCAGCCACUGAUAAAGGAUCUUCUGAAUGGCAUACUCUAAGUCUUCAUAUAAGAACUGAUGAAGAUGUCCCAGAAUCAGCGCCUGUAAUCAAAAAAUUUUCAAAUCUCUCAACUACCUCAGUUAUGCUUUCAUGGGACCCUCCUGUUAAGCCAAAUGGUAUUAUAAUACGUUAUGAUUUAAAUCUAUUUGGGCCAGAAAGGAAUAGCUCAUUCUCUAGCACCGAUAAUUUUAUUAUUUUGGAAGACCUUCUGCCAUUCACACUGUACAGCAGUUAUGUAGCUGCCAGAACAAUAAAAGGACCUGGUCCACCUGCUGUGCUUCAGUUCUACACAGAUGAGUCAGUGCCAUUAGCUCCACCCCAGAAUUUGACCAUUAUCAACUACACCGCAGAUUCUGUGUGGCUAAAAUGGGAUCCAAGUCCCCAGUCAAAUGGUGUUAUUAUGAGAUAUAAUUUCAAGAUUUAUCAAAACAACACUGAAAAACUAUUUUUUUGGAACAUUUCAGGUUCAAACCAUGAGACAAACCUUGUUGGAUUAGACCCAUACAGCCCCUAUUUUAUCAGUGUCUCUGCAUUUACCAAGCUUGGGAACGGCAAUCAGUUCAGUAAUGCUGUCCAAUUUACAACAAUGGAAUCAGUGCCAGAUGCUGUACAGAACGUUGGUUGUAUUGCAAUGAGUUGGCAAUCGAUCCUAGUGCAGUGGGACCCUCCUGCUUCAGCCAACGGCAUAAUCACACAUUACAUCAUAGCAGUUGAAGGAAAUUCUACAAACUUUUCAUCUCAUGAUACACUGCAUACUUUUAGAAAUCUGCUUUCCAAUGUUACUUAUCAAAUUAAAAUAAAAGCUGCAACAUCUGCUGGUGAUGGUGAAGAACAGAUAUGCAAUGCCACUACUCUUCCAGAAAAAGUUCCUAGUGCUCCCAGGGAUAUUGUUUUUUCCAACGUGCAGUCAACAAGUGUGACCUUGCAUUGGAGAUCACCAAAAUCUAUCCUUGGCUACUUUCAAAACUACAAGAUUACCACACAGCUACAAUCCAUCCACUGCAGUGACUGGGAAGCUAUGGAAUGUAUUGAACAUGAGAUGCAUCAGUAUUUAUAUGAAAAUGUCAUGUAUGACUGGAUAGAAGACACGGUGUAUGGACUGAAAAAAUACAGAUGGUACAGAUUUGCUGUUGCUGCCAGUACAAAUGUUGGUUAUGGCAGUUCUUCACCUUGGAUUUCAACUCAAACCCUUCCUGGCUCUCCAGAUGGUCCUCCAGAAAAUGUGACUGUUUUAGCUACAUCUCCUCACAGUGUUAAUGUCAGCUGGAGUGAACCUGCCAUCAUUACGGGACCAACGAGCUACCUCAUAGAUGUUACCUCAGUGGAUAAUGACAACUAUAAAGCUCAGUUUUUGAAGACAAAUGAGGAGGAUAAAGUCUUAGCAAUUUCUGAUUUGAAAGCAUUUACGAGGUAUUCUGUAGUGAUCAUUGCCUUCACAGGGGAUGUUAAUGCUGCACUCCUAGAAGGCAAGGCUAGUUCCCCAAUAAUUGUCUCCACUUUUGAAGCAGUGCCUGAAGACCCACCUAACAACAUAACUUUCCAGAAGAUACCAGAUGAAGUAACAAAAUUCCAAGUAACAUUUGUGCCACCAUCUGAACCAAAUGGAAAUAUUCAGGUGUAUCAAGCUAUGGUUUACAAUGAAGAUGACCCUGCUGCCAUUCAGAUCCACAACCUUAGUGUCAUUGAAAAAAAAGAUCAGUCAGUCACUGCCAUGAUAGAAGGACUAAAAGGAGGACAUACCUAUAAUGUCAGCGUGUAUGCAAUUAAUGGUGCUGGUGCAGGGCCAAAAAUUCAAUUGAAAAUAACCAUGGAUAUCAAAGAACCUCCAAGGCCCAAAAAGAAACCAGCACCAGUUUAUGAUACCAAUGGAGCAUUACUUGUCACAGCUACAACAAUUACAAUCAGAAUGCCAAUAUGUUAUUACAGCGAUGAUCAUGGCCCUAUCAAGAAGAUACAAGUUCUCGUUGCAGAAGCUGGAGCUCAGCAUGAUGGGAAUGUUACCAAGUGGUAUGAUGCCUACUUCAACAGACCAAGGCCAUAUUUUACAAAUGAAGGCUUUCCAAACCCACCAUGCAUAGAAGGAAAAGAAGAUCUGAGUGGGAAAGAAGAGAUAUAUGUCAUAGGUGCUGAUACUACAUGCCUGAUACCAGGCAGUCAAGACAAAAUAUGUAAUGGCCCACUGAAACCAAGAAAGCAGUACCUAUUUAAAUUCAGAGCAACCAACAUUAAGGGGCAGUUUACAGAUUCUGACUAUUCUGACCCUGUCAAAACAUUGGGUGAAGGAGUGACAGGAAGAUCUGUAGAAGCUGUCCUUGCUGUUACUUUGUGCAUAAUUUCAGUUGUUCUUUUGGUGGCUGCAGUAUAUGCUUUUGCAAGAAUUCGGCAAAAGCAAAAAGAGGGAGGCACAUACUCCCCACGAGAUGCUGAAAUUGUUGACACUAAAUUCAAACUGGAUCAGCUGAUCACAGUGGCAGACCUGGAGCUGAAGGAUGAGAGAUUUACACGAUACUCUUCAUUUUUCUUUAGACGCAAGGAGAUUUUUGUCAUCCAGUUACUUAGUUAUAGAAAAUCCAUCAAGCCAAUAAGCAAGAAAUCCUUUCUACAACAUGUUGAAGAGCUUUGCACAAACAACAACCUAAAGUUUCAGGAAGAAUUUUCGGAGCUUCCCAAGUUUCUCGAGGACCUUGCUUCAACGGAUGCUGAUCUGCCUUGGAACAGGUCUAAGAAUCGUUUCCCAAACAUAAAGCCAUAUAAUAACAACAGAGUAAAGCUGAUGCCUGAUGCUGGUAUUCCUGGAUCUGACUACAUUAAUGCCAGCUAUGUGUCUGGCUAUUUAUGUCCAAACGAGUUUAUUGCAACUCAGGGACCAUUACCAGGAACAGUGGGUGAUUUCUGGAGAAUGGUGUGGGAGACAAGAGCUAAAACGCUUGUGAUGCUCACACAAUGUUUUGAAAAAGGACGUAUAAGAUGUCAUCAGUACUGGCCAGAAGAUAAUAAACCAGUGACUGUGUUUGGGGAUAUAGUGAUUACUAAAUUGAUGGAAGAUAUUCAAAUAGACUGGACCAUCAGAGAUCUAAAAAUUGAAAGGCAUGGAGACUGCAUGAUGGUACGACAGUGUAACUUUACUUCUUGGCCAGAACAUGGAGUCCCUGAAACUACUGCACCAAUUAUCCAUUUUGUAAAACUUAUCCGUGCAAGUCGAGCACAUGACAACACACCAAUGGUGGUUCACUGCAGUGCUGGUGUUGGAAGAACAGGUGUUUAUAUUGCACUUGACCAUUUAACUCAACAUGUAAAUGACCAUGAUUUUGUGGAUAUCUAUGGACUUGUAGCUGAGCUAAGGAGUGAAAGAAUGUGUAUGGUACAAAAUCUGGCACAAUAUAUAUUUUUACAUCAAUGUGUAUUGGAUCUCUUGACAAUCAAGGGAAGUAGUCAGCCUUUAUGUUUUGUAAAUUAUUCAGCACUGCAAAAGAUGGACUCUCUGGAUGCCAUGGAAGGUGAUGUGGAGCUUGAAUGGGAAGAAACAACCAUGUAAAUACUAGGAGGAAAUAUUACAGCAAAGCAGAUUUUGAAACUCAAAGUCAUAUUUUUCUAAGCACAGGGGCCAAAGUGAAUUCCCCUAUUUUGUUGAUUAAAAGAAACACAGAUGAUUGAGAAUCUUUUUUUCUAUCAAUGUGCCUUCAUAAAUAAGUGGAAGUAUCUUAUUCAGAACACCGAGCAAUAAUGAUUUGGAGUACUUUUGCACAGACUGCACUUCUGGUGUUAUAUAAAUAGUGCAUUCAGAAUGUAUUUAAAGUGUAUUUGAACACAUUCAUUUUUUCCAAACUAUCUUUGUAAAAGAAAAAUGAGCCAAAUAGGAUGUAAAAAAUUCAUAUUUCCAUUGAACCUA